GGCAUCGUGAAGCCCUCGAGGCGUAAAAGGAGGACUUCAAGCGUGCUUGGAACGCGGCCCAGCGAUCUGAGUGGACUCUGAAGCGUCAGCACACAGGCUCUCUGGGCGCAAGACUUCGACAAAGAGCGCGACAAACAGAAAGUGCGUCUCGAGGAGCUGCGUCAGGCGAAGGAAGAGAUUGUGCGCGUGAUUGAACGCCUGGAAGAAGCUGGCCGCAAGCGGACGCGAUUGAGGCCAAUCUGCCCUUUCUCCCAUCCUUCGUGGGGUCUUGCUACAAAUGCAACACAGCUCUAGGGGCUUUCCAGGCGCGCCAGGUCUUGAACCUCUGGUAACAAUUGUGCACGACGCGUCUACAUGGCCAGCCCACGUUUCUUCCUUCAGCAAGGCACUUCUGGGCACUGCGGAGAACCAUGCCAACGUGAUCCCCAGUCAUCAACCGCCUCACGAUACAACCUGGAUCAAGAAUCACCUACGUCCCGCGUCGAUGACGGCUUUGGAACCAGAUUCCCAAGGGCUCUCUAUUGCCAUGUUUGUGGAAGACGUCCUGUCUCAGACCGUCCCAGAGUUAACCUUUCAUUACAACGCCACCUAUGCCAUUGCAGUAUCUCCAUGCUGUUCAUUGAUGCUGCCAGCACCCGGCUUGCCAGCGCGCGGGCUGGCGACCAUGUUUGCCACCAAGCCGAUUGACCUGACACGGCACCAAAUCAAUCUCGCUGCGACGGACUCGACGUACACAGCGCAAGCGCAUCUGCUUUUACCACAGUACCGAAAUGAUUCGGUUCCCCUGGCGUUGUUUUGCAUCGCUUCGCGCGACGAGAUAUACAGUGCUAUGUCCAGUGCCUUAUUUCAGCGUCGUGCUGUUGGCAUAACCACGCCGUUAGUGGGACUUGCUUUCGAUGAUUCGGUGGUACACCUUGUUUUAGGAUGGUACACUGCGAGCCAGGGCCAUCGCGCUUGCUGCGAUAUCCAUUUGGCGCAUGGCGCCGUGCAGCAUACAUCAAAUCACGGACUCGGAAUAUUCAACAUCUCGUCUGCUGAUUCCAUGCAAGCACUUGCACAAGUGUUGGUUCGACUAUCCUCGAAGCUCUGCUUGGGAGUGUCCGGCGCUCGGUUGCGGGUCUAUAGCUCACGAGAACCCGUGCCCGGAGAACAUGUAACAUGGCGCGCCGAUGUCAAAGUAUGCGAUAUUCCUAUUGACGCGCAGGCGCGUAUCAUGCAAUGGCUGAGCGGUAUCGAAGCUUCACCUUCUCAAGGCGUCUCUGUCGAGUUCGUCACCUUCUGCUUCGCUUCGUACUCACGUACUGAAGACCACUAUCACAGCCAGGCACAAACGCCCGUGCAAGACGCUAAUCCGAUAACUAUCCUGAAAGCCCUGUUGUAUGAGAAGCGAAACGCCUAUCACAUGAACAAGGACUGGGAGAAUGCAUCUUUUCUCGCGGAAAUUCGUCAGCUGCGUUCUUCAAGGGCUGCUUCAAUCGAGAUCUGGGCCGAAAACCAGGUCCAGCCAUGCGCAUGGCCAGCACCCGAUUUUCCCGAUGAUCACUAUGCCGUGGACGCGCUCGCUUUGGUGCAUUGCGACCUUCUGUCGUGCUUAGAUUUUUCUGAUAUUGGCGGCGAUGCACCUGCCUUUCUGAGCGAUGCCAAUCGAGCAGAGUGGGAGCGGUACAAGGAGGAAGUCGCUUGGGAGGUCCAAAUGCGCAAGGACUGUAACCUUCCGGGUCUCUUUAGGGUCGCUGGGCGCGCGCGGGACGAUAUGAUGAAGAUACUUCCCUUGAUCUUUCGUUCGUCCGAAGCAGCGCUUGCUGUAGGAAACACGCCGGGUGCGCGGAUGCCGUGGGAGAGGCUACUGGCGGCAUGUCUACACGGGGAGUCCUCUUCUCAUAUUCGCCAUGACUGGCGCGUAUCGCAUCCUCGCAACAUCUACUUUGACCGGGUGCACGAUACUACCAGAUCUGCAAGCUCGAUUGGCGACGGAGGAGCGGCGUUCAUCGACAGAUGUCGAGCCUUAUCCGACGGCUUGAUAAGCCUGUGCUGGAUAUACCCAGACUCCAAUCUGUCGGCUGAGGAGACGUCGGUGCCCGGGUGGUUGCACGAUACCAAAUCGACACUGAGCAAAGCGCUACAAGACGAGAUCAUUCAACGGAUCAAAAUCCUCGAUGCCUGGGCAACGAGGCAUUCGGCUGGUCAUACUGAGGAAGUAGACUUGCGUGUUAUGAACGCCCAAGCAUGGGACAUUUGCGACGCUGUCGCGUAUCUGUCGAUUCCUGUUCCAGAUCUCAGUCUCACCGAUGACAUGCAACGGCGAGAGUGGGAUGAAUUUUGCAUCAUCAGCCAGUGUUCACGCAAGCGACAAUACUCGGGCAGCAUUUCCAUCGAUGGCAUGACCGCACAACAACCUCAAAAUGGCGGUGAUUUUGUUGUUACGGACUCAGUGCUCCGAGAAGUCAGGCGCAUGGGCGCCACUGCGGGUCUGCGCGUAGGCAUGCCAGAGCUUCUUCCAACGCAUCCGAGCGCGUCAUGCGAAGAAAAAGGCGCCGACGAUCCGAAAGCCUCAGGAAAAACCGUUGACGUGCCGCUCCCAUACCUGUGGCUGGAAGACAACACCUACCCCUUCGCUCCAUCGCAGACGUUCGACCGUGCUCGCUCGCACCUUCUCUCCACGAUCCGCUUCUAUCUCGCACUUGGGAUAUAUGACGUUGUCAUCUUCGCGCUAGUCACGGUAGGUUCAUGCGCUCACCUUCUAUGCGGAUGGGGCACAGAACCCUCGGAGGAGGACUUGAUGAACGACGAGAAUGCCGAAGAUGAGAUCAUCAUUGUGGACAACAAUUGUCCCGUUUGGGAUUUGCGCGAUAAGUCCCAGGCAGUCCGCUUUUGCGCGUUCCUCCUUCAGCUGCGUCAAACGCAUUUGCCCAAGCUUCGCCAGGCGUUUGAAGCCCAAAAAGAGCAGUUCACGCGAGCCUGGAUGGCGGACCCUACUGCUGCACGUUUUCAAUGGACGAUGAAGCACCAGCAGUCCAGCCCUCUGGUGUGCAAUCUCCGCGCAGAACGGAAGAGGCAAGUAGAGGCAACGGAGCGCAUCUGCAGCGAUAUGGAGACGAUUGAACGAGGGAUGACACGUGCGGAAGUACCUGCAGUGGUUCGGGAGGGUCCAGCUGCGCCUGCGUAUUUGGCGGAGUUAGACAAUUCAUUCGCACGCACGGCAGAGCCAGAUCCUUACUUAGUUGAACUACGCCACAUAGCCUGCACCCAGCUCUCUAAAUCGUGUAGCUGUCCAUUCCAUAAGUAGGAUAUUGUGGACAAUAAUUUUGCAUACAUGCGAUUGCACAAGACAUAGAACAUGCGAAUCACAUUCGAUUGGGCUGAG